AUGAUUAACUCAUAAUUAUUUGAUUCAAGGAGAGAAAUUGAAUAAUUUAAAUUAUAGUUAGGGAAAUUGGAAGGAAUAGUUAACAUAUCCCAGCCAAAUUCAAAAUAAAACAUCAUCUUAUUGAAAUAGUUAUAGAAUAAAGUGAGUAAUUUGGAAUAGAAUUUAGAAUAGAAAGUGAAUGCAAUGUGUUCUAAUGUAAAAUUGUAUCUGAUUAAGAUUAUAAUUCCAGACAUCUAACCCUAAAAGUUGCCAGAGUUAAAUGAAAUGCAAAGAAAGAGGGCAGUUUCAACUGAUGUGGCGAAUCACAGUGUGAACAUUGAAAAGAAUAUGUUUUUGUAAGGAAACAAAGCCAGUCGAUAUUCAAAAAUGAACAAUUUUAGAUAGCAAUCAAUUCUGAAUGAAUACAACGAUGAAUCGUUAAAAUAAAAGAUAGAUCUGAGUUUUGAAUAAUCUUAACAACAUCAUUAAACUUCCUUUUAAAUCAUUCAUAAGCCAUAAAAAUAAAGAACUCAAGUAUUACUAUUCGAUUGCCCUGCACCGAAACCGAUGAAGAAAGUGGAAAAGAAACAGUUUUAAUUUAUGAUUCAAAAAGGCAAAAGAAUUUAGGCUGUUGAACUUUUGGCAUUCAAAUAGAAGAAUUUAUAAGAAUGGAAUCUAAUAAAUGCAAUUAUUUAACGAAUGGAAUCUAUAAAUAUCAAGUAUCAAUGUCCUACUUUUUUUGUUGAUGGAAGGUCAAUAAUCCAUUUGAUUCAUUGCAGAAGAACCAUCACGUUGUCUGAUAUUGUUAAAUGCAUGUAAAAUAAAGACGAGAUCAUACCAUAUUUAUAUCCAAGAUUGUUUAUUGGACAAGAUGGGUAUGAAUUAUCAUUAAUAACAGCUUAGAACGAGCAGCUGAGAAAAUCUAGGCAGCAUUUAAAGGCUACAUUCAAUUUAGGAGAUUUCAACAGCUCAAGACAUUAUACAAGAGCACUAUUUACAUAUAGAAGUUUUUUCGGAGAAAACAACAAAAGGAAUUGACAAAGCAGAGGGUUUUCCAGAGAACAAACUCCAUUUAUAAGGAAUUCAUAUAAAGAUAAACAAUGUUUUAGGUAUACAUCAAAUAAAAGGAUAGGAUAAUUGGAACCAAUACAAGUUGUAUCCCAGAGUGGAAAUACAUUUAUCAUCAUUAAGUUACUCAGAAUAUUAGAGGUUGACUAUGGAUAAGUUUAUUUAAAAGGAGAAUUCUCAGAUCAGUAGAAUUUUCAGAGCAAUUGAUCCAUAAGUAGAAAUCAUAUAUAUCUGUGCAUAUGAGUAGGACAAAGACAUCUUAAUGUACUAUGAAAGAGUAAGGACUUAUUCCUAUGAUAGAUUUUUGAAAUGCAUUAAGUGUCAUUUAAAAAGGUUAGGUUUUUAACUCCUGAGAAUGCUGAUAAAUUCAAUACACACAUGAGUCUAUUAUAGAAAUUGAUCUAUUCUCCAAAAUGCUUAAAAUAAAUAAGGAAGAUAAUAGAAAAUAAAUUAGCAAUGAUAAUUCCAGGAUAUCCUUCAAAUGAGUUUAUUCAACUAUGCCAUAUGUUAAAUGUGCCACUGUAUAGUGGAUUACCGCAACAUCAUUUAUUGUAUUCUAGUCAAUCUGGAGCAUAAGUGAUGUUUAGUAAGUGCAAGAUCUAAACGUCUCCAGGAGCAUCAGAGAUAUAUGAUGAAAUAGAGCUUUAUAAUACUUUAACAGUUUUGAUAGUGAAGAAUAGGAACAUAAGAAUUUGGAUCUUUAAAAUAGAUUGUUCUUUUGGAGGGCGAGGCAUAGCCACAAUCAACAUCAGUACCAUUCCUGGAUUGAAUCAAUUAUUAAAUUGCAAUGAACAAGAAUUAGAUGAAAAUACCAUUUCUGCUAUCAAGUACAUCAUUAAUCAUAAUCACUUAGGCAAAUCAUCAAGACUUAAUUGCCUCUUAAGUUGAAGAUUGCUGUAAAAUCUUUGUAUUAAUCUUAUAAAGAGUAUAUUACUGCUUUUCUGACUUCUGGAGGGAUAGUAGAGGCAUUUCCAAUUUAGGACAGAUUGAAAAUAUAAAAAACUUCAAUCAGUUUUCAUGUUAGUCCACAAUAUGAGUUAGAAGAGAUAUGCACAUAUGAUAGUUACUCGGCUCAUCAUUAUGUUUAGACUCUGCAUUGUAAAUGAUAAAACUAUUUUAGUGUAUCCAUCGAUUACUUCAACUAUUGACAACAAUAAGUUUUAUGAAGAGAUUCUGGUGUUUUUGAAAUAAAAGAAAAUGUUCGGGUAUUUCACUCUUCAUUUAAUUUUGUUUGAUAAUCAAUUUUGGGCUAUUGGUUUGGACAGUUACUUGAAUGUUGCUACUAGCAUCAAUUUCUAUUUCAGAUGUCUAAAUAAAAAGUAAAGUCGAUUUUAUCUAUAUUCUCCUUAUGUCAUACAUCCAGGACUUUAAAAAAUAUCAAUAAAGUAACUGUUUUCAACUUGCAGAAUGGAUUAGGUAUAAUAUGAAACAGAAUAUUAAAGAGGCCAAACUUUCUUAUUCACAGACAUUCUGCAAUCUUGUAUGGUGUAGAUGAUUUCAGUGCAUGAGAACAUCCAAAGAUGCAUUUCGUAAUUUGAGGAGUAGUUAAAAGUGCUUUUUAAACUUGGAGGGUAGAUGAAUGUUAAUUAUGGAGAAUCGAUCUAUGAAUCUAGAAAUGAUUCAAUUAAUAUUUUGGAUGUUCAGGGAGCUUUAAAAGUGCUGAGGAGGAAAUUAUAAAAUUAACAAUGA